UUUAAUAUUUCGAAAUAUUUCUAUAUCUCAAAUAAUUUAGUAUUUUUGUGAUAUUACUUGACAUAAAUAGAAUAAUUACAGAUUUGAUAUUUAAUAGAACAUUUGUGCAAAAUUAAAUAAUGAUGACUGAUAAUAGAGCAACUGGCCCAUUAGAUCAUGGAGGUUUGCAACAAACUCUUCCUACAAAGAUAUUUGUGCAAAGAGAUUAUAGUGAUGGAACCUCUGUAAAAUUUCAAACUAGGUUUCCUCCAGAACUGGAAAAUAGGAUCGAUAGGCAAGCUUUUGAACACACGAUUAAUCAAUUAAAUUUGUAUUUUGCUGAAGCUGAAAAAGCAGCUUGUAGUACAUAUUGCGAAGGAUGUCUUGCUUGUUUAACUGCCUAUCUAAUAUAUAUUUGCACUGAGACGCAUUAUGAAAAAUGUCUUCGGAAAAUAUCUAAAUUUAUAGCAUCACAAAAUGAAAGAGUUUAUAUUCCAAGAGGUUUACUACUUACAGAUCCGACACAAAGAGGCUUGCGUGUAAUUGAAAUUUCAUUUCUUGACAGACAGGGUCCUACGUGACUGACAAUCUCACAUUCAACAGAAGAAUUUUUUAUGUAAACAAUGUAUUUUUAAUAUAUAAUUCAAGACUUUUGAGAUUAUGUAUAUUCUUCUAUCUAUAUUGAAACUUAAUAUAAGUUGGCUUAUGUAGCACAUAAUGCAUUUAUAUGAAAUAAUUAUCACAAAGAGUUG